CUUCUAUAAACUUUGAUAAUCAACUUUAAUAUGAUUUAUAUAUGGUAUGAACUUUGCAGAAUCUGCAGAAGAGAAAACUAUAGGGUCAAGAAUGGCAAAGCCACAUGUUCUGGUCAUACCUUACCCUGUGCAAGGACAUGUGAUUCCCCUAAUGGAGCUUUCUUUAAGCUUAGUUAAACACGGAAUCAAAGUAACCUUUUUAAACACCAAGUACAAUCAUGAGAGGAUCAUUAGCUCAUUUCCAGAGGGAAGUGACAUAGAAUCACAACUUUGUCUGGUGUGGAUAGCUGAUAGUUCAGAAUCUGCAGAGAAGACAAAAAAGCCAGUAACCACUGGAGAAGUCUUGAAGCACAUGCCUGGGAAAGUUGAGGAGCUCAUUGAUUGCAUGAAUGGUUCAGAAACUGAGAAGAUAAACUGUGUUCUUGCUGAUCAAAGCAUUGGGUGGGCCCUUGAUAUUGCAGAAAAGAAAGGAAUUUGGAGAGCAGCCUUCUGUCCUGCAGCAGCAGCACAGUUGGUGCUUGGAUUGAUCAUCCCAAAGUUGAUUGAGAAUGGAAUCAUUGACAAAAAUGGAACUCCAUUGAGAAAACAAACCAUUCAACUAUCACCUACAAUGCCCAGCAUUAGUACAGAAAAUCUUGCCUGGCUUAAUGUAGGGAACCAGACCACUCAGAGGCAUAUUUUUGAACUCAUGAUGAGGAACAUCAAGUCUAUGCAGCUUCCUGAAUGGCUUCUCUGCAACUCGAAUUUUGACCUUGAGCCAUUUGCAUUUAAAGAGGCUCCAAAUAUCAUACCUAUAGGGCCACUUAUGACAAGCAAUCCUUCAGGAAACUCAGCAGGCAACUUCUGGCCCCAAGAUCUCACUAUUAUGAAAUGGCUAGAUCAACAGUCACCAAGUUCAGUAAUUUAUGUUGCAUUUGGAAGUUUUAGAACUAUGAGUCUAACCCAGUUUCAAGAACUGGCUUUAGGUCUUGAACUUUCCAAUAGACCUUUUGUCUGGGUUGUACAACCAGACUUCACAGAAGGGAAGAAUUAUGAAUACCCAGAAGGGUUUGAAGAUAGAGUUGGUGAUCGCGGCCGAAUGGUGGGUUGGUCGCCACAGAGGAAGAUUCUGACCCAUUCUUCAGUUGCUUGCUUCAUAAGCCACUGUGGUUGGAACUCCACCAUGGAAAGCGUAAGCAAUGGAGUUCCAAUUCUGUGCUGGCCUCACUUUGCAGACCAGUUCCUGAAUAAGAGCUAUGUCUGUGAUGUUUGGAAUGUAGGCAUGGAUUUAGAGCAAGAUAGAAGGGGCAUAAUCACAAGCAGUGAAAUCAGAAACAAGAUUGAGCAAGUCUUGAAUGAUGGGGAUUUGAAGGAAAGGUCAAAACUUCUCAAGAAAAAGGUCCUUAAUGGAAUUAGACAAGGUGGUAGCUCAAGCAAUAAUCUAGAUAGUUUCAUCAAGUGGAUCAAAACUAAGAAUUAGAUUAGAUCCACAAUGUGUUACUAUGAUGUUAAACAACUCAACCUACCAUGAAAAUAAAUGAACGAGAUCCAAAUCCAUAUAUAUAUAUAUCCUCUGAAAGGUGUUGGUCACCUACCUUUCACAACUAGUUUUGUUUCUUUAUGGUUGCUUGUAACAAGCGUUGAUAAUUUUACAGUCUGUAAACUUAGCCUUCAAUGAAGUCAUGCCAAAGAAGUUGGAAAUGUUCAAACGAUAAAUCAAUGGAUCACACAGUCACAAGAUUAGUUGUGUGGUUGCAGAGAAGGUGGAAAUCUACCAAACUACAUUCUCAGCUUCAGCUUCAUACCCUUUUAUAGCCUUGUCUCUUAGCAGCAUCCUGAAGCUGAUCAAUGAUUGAAUCACGAGAGAAUGACA